AUGACCACUGAAAAGAUGAGAAUACGACUGCGCCCUAAAGCCCACACAGUCCCGGUCUCCAACGAUUUCUCAUCCUCCCAACGACAAGCCUAUCUUCAAUUCGAGACAGUCGCCAUGGGUCGUGUGAUCCGCAACCAGAGGAAGGGCCGUGGCUCCAUUUUCACGGCCAACACCCGUCUCAACAAGGCCCCCGCUCAGUUCCGUACCCUCGAUUACGCUGAGCGCCACGGAUACACCCGUGGUGUUGUCAAGGAGAUCAUCCACGAUGCCGGUCGUGGUGCUCCCCUCGCCAAGGUCCAGUUCCGUCACCCUUACAAGUUCAAGAUGAUCACCGAGACCUUCAUCGCCAACGAGGGCAUGUACACCGGCCAGUUCAUCUACGCCGGUAAGAACGCUCAGCUGACCGUCGGCAACGUUCUUCCUCUCGCCUCCAUGCCCGAGGGUACCGUCAUCACCAACGUCGAGGAGAAGGCUGGUGACCGUGGUGCGCUUGGUCGUACCUCCGGUAACUACGUUACCGUCAUCGGCCACAACCCCGAUGAGGGCAAGACCCGCAUCAAGCUCCCCUCCGGUGCUAAGAAGGUCGUCAAGAACACCGCCCGUGGUAUGGUUGGUAUCGUCGCCGGUGGUGGCCGUACCGACAAGCCCCUCCUGAAGGCUUCUCGCGCCAAGCACAAGUUCGCCGUCAAGCGCAACUCUUGGCCCAAGACUCGUGGUGUUGCCAUGAACCCCGUCGAUCACCCUCACGGUGGUGGUAACCACCAGCACAUUGGUAAGGCUUCUACCAUCUCUCGCUACGCCGCCCAGGGUCAAAAGGCUGGUCUCAUUGCUGCCCGCCGUACUGGUCUGCUCCGUGGUACCCAGAAGACCAAGGAUUAA